GUCCACCGUCCACCAACCCAAUACCUUUCGUUAGAAUAUAGUAGCAUAUGCUCUCUCGCUCUCUCUCUCUCUCUCUCGAUUUUACCCAAUUUCUCUGUCCCACACUUCUCCUCGUUCAUAACGCUCGCAAACUGAAUCGGACCCAAAUUUCCCACAUAAGUUGAGCUCUGGAAUCCAUUUCUCGCGAAACUAGUUCCGAGUACCCAUGGAUUUAUGUCCUGUGCAUGUCAAGAACACGCCCCAAAUCCACUCUUUGCUCAGAAAUUCCGUUCCAGAUCGGCCCAUUUCGUUCAAUUUCGCGAUCAGAGUUUCGAGAGGGAAAAUUCCCGUGUAUCGGUCGUUGGUUGUGAGAGCUGCUGGAAAGAAGAAUCACGGCGGUUCUAAUUCCUCUUCCUCUUCUUCUUCUUCUUCGGGGGAUGGUGAGCACUCGAUUCCAGAAGGAGAUGGUGCGAAAAGAGACGAUUCUUCACGAGAUACCACCAAAUCUAAUGACACUAGCUCACAUAAUUCUCAUCGUAAACCCUUGGACUGGAGAGAAUUUAGAGCAUUUCUCUGUGACCUGGAGAAGGCUGAAACUGCAAGCACCGGCUCUCACAACAAAGACAAAGACGGUGCUCAUCUCAAUUCAAAACCACUUGGUCUGAAGUGGGCCCACCCAAUUUCAUCACCAGAGAACGGCUGUGUUCUUAUUGCCACAGAAUUGCUUGACGGGAUUCGCUCGUUUGAAAGAACAGUUGUUCUCCUCCUCAGAUCUGGAACCAGGAAUCCACGAGAGGGUCCAUUCGGAAUCAUCAUAAACCGCCCGCUUCCCAGGAGGAUUAAAGACAUGGAACCCACAAAUCCCAAUCUUCGAACGACAUUUGCCGAAUGCUCUUUGCAUUUCGGUGGAGUUCUCGAGACAAGUACGUUCCUUUUGAGAACAGAGAAGAAAACCAAACUUCCCGGUUUUGAGGAGGUGGUCCCGGGUUUGUAUUUUGGCGAACGAAACAGUUUGGAUGACGUUGCUGGGUUGGUGAAGAAAGGGGUGCUUAAGCCUCAAGAUGUAAAGUUCUUUCAGGGAUACGUGGGGUGGCAAUUUGAUCAGUUGAAAGACGAAAUAGAGUCGAAGGGUUAUUGGCAUAUAGCUGCUUGUAGUGCGAAUUUGGUACACGGGGCCUCGAUGGAGGGUUUGUGGGAAGAGAUUUUGCAGUUAAUGGGUGGUGAUUAUUCAGAACUGAGCCGUAAGCCAAAGCAAGAUAUGUAGAUGUUUAUAUGGUAAUUGGAAAUAGUUUGAGAGGUGGCAUUAAGGUACGUGUUGAUCUAAAUGUACAUAUCAUCGGUGGAGAUUUGAACGAGUAAUUCUUGUUUUGUUUAGUGACUGAAUACUUGGUAAUUUUGGUUUACUUAUGUAAGCAUGCUCUUAAUAUUAUGAAAACAGGCUAGUAAUUAUGAAGUUCUUUUUGUUGUGGCUGGUUUGGAUCA